GUUGGGUGGCGAAUUGGUAAUGGCUGAGGCCAUUGGCUUAUAAAUCAAUCCUUCCUCUGUAAGCAAAUACAUCACAGACUUGAGAGUGAAUACGAGAUGCCGCCAUAGUUUUCCCCUUCCUUCUCCAAUCCCUAUCUAGAUCCUAACAAUUGGUACUCAGAUCCCAAAAUUCCCACCCACUUCACGCUGGAUCACAGCCACGAGACGCGGUUGGCGGCGGCGGCGGCGCGCCGACGGCAGGAGCUCAUGGAGCACCUGAGCGCCGAGGGCAAGGCGGUCUAUGAGACCAUAACCCAGGCAAGCGAGGCGGCCCAUCUACGUCACCAGAAGGAGCUCGACGCGCUCAUCGUGGCGGCGGUGGGGAGCACCGUUGAUGCUGCGGUGUCGCGUUCCGUCGGGGCGGCGGUCGACAAGGCGGUGGAGGCGGCGAUGGGGACGGUCGUCAACGAUAUGCAGGCGGAAGCCGACCUCCUCAAGCAAAUUCAGGACCUCCGCACUGCCAAGAGCACCACCUUCCGCUCCAGCGAUUUGGAGGGAUCCGAGCGUUCGCCGACGGCCACGGCAGAGGCGAAUCAGGCAGGAUUCAAGGCGUCGCUGUCGACCAGAGGACCAGGUUCGAGUACGCAAGCACUGUAUGUUCCGCCGGCCGCUAGAGGUAUACCUGAAUUACCGCGGCCGAGUUCAUCAUUUUCCAGUCUAUUGCACCGCGAGCGGAGGAACAGUUCGUCAGGCCAUGGGAAACCUCCUUCUGUUGAUUUCCCAAAAUUUGAUGGAGAGAAUCCAAAGCUUUGGCAAACGCGGUGUGUGGACUAUUUUGCCAUGUUUGACACUGACCCGAAUCUCUGGAUUGCUGUUGCCGCUAUGCAAUUCGAAGGAGCAGCAACGCGCUGGUUAUUGUCAGUUCAACACAAAUUUGUUCGAUCGUCAUGGGAGGAUUUUUGUACUGCAGUUCUGAAUCGUUUUGGCCGCAACCAACAUCAGUCCCUAGUGCGCAAACUGUACCGGCUGAAACAGACAGGGACAGUGGAAGAGUACAUCAACCAAUUUUCUGAACUUAUGGACCAGUUGACAGCGUAUGAGCCUGAGCCUGAUAUGCUGCAUUACACCACCCGUUUCAUUGAUGGUCUGAAAGUCAAUGUGAGAAUGGUUGUAGCAGUACAGCGCCCAGCGGAUUUGGACACAGCUUAUUCCAUUGCUGCUGUUCAGGAGGAAAUGGGGGGCCAUGAAGCUGAAACUGUAUCCAAGAAGUAUACUGCACCUAUGUUUCCUCAUUCAGACAGGAUGGUGCCAUCGAAGCAUGUCGAAGAGCACAAAACAUCAGACAAGUCUAAGACCACCGGUUCAGAGGACAAGUUGGCAACACUCAAAGCAUACCACAGAGCAAAAGGACUUUGUUUCAUCUGUGGUGAGCGUUGGGGGCGCGACCAUAAGUGCAACACUACAGUUCAGCUACACGUGGUGCAAGAAAUGUUGGAAUUUUGUGCCUUGGAUAACAUGGAUUCGGAUGAUAGUGAUAUGGAUUUAAUGGUACUGUCAGCUGAAGCACAACAAGUUCAAGGGGGAACUAAUGCAAUCAGAUUAGAGUGCCAAUUGGGUGGUCAUGCAGUGGUGCUUCUGGUGGAUUCAGGUAGUUCUCAUUCUUUCAUCAGUGUUCGGUUGGCUGCUCACAUUGCAGGCCAGCAAUUACUGCCUGCACAACAAACUGUCAGGAUUGCUGGUGGAGGUACACUUCCUUGUACUCACAUCAUUCCUGCUUGUGCCUGGUCUGCUGCUAGUCAUGAAUUCAAGUGUGACUUUAAGGUGUUACCUCUGCAACAUCAUGAUGGAAUUGUGGGAAUGGAUUGCCUGUCCUCCUUGGGUACUAUGCAAGUUAAUUGGUUAGAGAAGUGGCUAGCCUUUGAUCAUCAUGGCCGUUCGGUGUUCUUACAAGGCUGUCCUCCAAAAACUUUUAGUUGCACUGUGGUGGAGCUCCAUUUAGUUCAGCCAGAGAACGUUAAAGAGGAUCUCGUAGCCCUUCCAGCACAAUUCUAGGAACUAUUAGAUCAGUACACUACAGUAUUCGAACC